AUGUCCGACAUCACUCAGGAUACGCUGUUGCAGCGUCUUUCAGAAUUUCUGACCACCAAUGGUCCCCUCCCAGCCGAUAUAGACUUCGGCGAAGAACUUACGGAGGCUCAUAGUCUUAUUGCUGAGUGUUUGGAGGCUCUCACCAAGCCUCUUGACACCCCCGCGCCACUAGAACCCGUUAUCGACACGGCUCAGGAAGAGGUCAUUGCCGGCCUCACUACAGAACUAGAAGCAGCCAAUGAAAAGGCUGCCGAUUUUUGGCAAACCUUGUGCGAUAACCAGGAAGAUUUUACCGAAAUCAUCCGAGGUCGCGACAAGGUUAUCGUUGAUUUGAAGAUUGAGCUGGAGGAAUCGAAGGUUGAAGAAGAAGAGCUUCGGUUCCGUCUGGCACUACACCAGGAAAGUCUCGCCACUGCCGACGAGAACCUCGCUGAUGCUGAAGAUGAAAUUCUUCACAUCACUUCUGUUGCAAAAGCCUGGGAAGUUCAAGCCAAUGCCACUAUUGCCGAUCUUCGCUCCCGUGUCUCCGUUUCUGCCGCUAGAGUUAAAACCCAAUCUCGCCAUGGUUCCAAGUCUCGCUACCUCGCCCCUCGCUCCCAAGACCCCCGUACCAUCAACAAUUGGCGAGAAAAGCCAAUUGAACAAGUGUCUCAAAAGCCGGCGUUAAAAGCCCCGCCACCUGUUCCUGUUCUCCCUGCUGCUGCUGUGUCUGAGGAUAAGAUGUCCGAAGACUCUCUUGUUGUUACCUGUUCCGUCUCCCAGAAUCCCGACUUCUUCGUCCCCACCUAUGCUCUCAUCGAUACGGGAGCAUCAGGUUAUGCGUUCAUCGAUCAUGGUUUUGUGAAAAAGCAUGGACUCUCCUUGGAACCCCUGAAAACAUCACGCCUACUCGAGGUAAUCGAUGGUAGGCCAGUCAAAUCAGGAAAAAUUACCCAUGUUGCUCGCCUCUCGUUAGAUAUCCAUGGCCAUCAAGAAACUGCUUUGUUUUUCGUUACCCAUCUAAGUCACUAUCCAAUUGUGAUGGGAAUGCCUUGGAUGCGGCAACAUGAUGUUACCAUUCGACCAAAGGAAAAUCUACUCGUUUUUAACUCUCGGAACUGCUGUCAACACUGUUCACUCAGUGGAACGGUGGUUACUGUCCAUGGCAUAUCGAUCCCCUUACCAGAAUUUCAUACAGUUGUCAGCUCAGUAGCUGAUAAGUCCACCACCGACGUCAAGCAACUCGUACCAAAGGAAUUCCACCAUCGCCUUCAUAUGUUUAAAGAAUACGAUGCCUCAGUCCUUCCACCUCACCGACCCUCCCAUGACAUUGAAAUAAUUUUGGAAGAGGGUAAACGACCACCGUAUGGACCCAUCUAUGGCCUGUCGCAGACUGAAUUGAAAGCAUUACGGGAAUAUCUUGAUGAGAACUUACCCAAAGGAUUUAUUCGGGCCAGUGAAUCACCGGCGGGAGCACCUAUAGUAUUCGUAAAGAAAAGUGAUGGGACUCUCCGGCUAUGUGUGGAUUACCGAGGCCUCAAUGCGAUCACGGUCAAAAAUCGGUAUCCGUUACCACUGUUAAAGGAAACUUUGGCUAAACUUUCGAAGGCACAGUACUAUACCAAGUUGGAUCUACGUUGGGGAUACAAUCAGAUCAGGGUAGCAAAGGGAGACGAAUGGAAAACGGCAUUUAGAACUCGAUAUGGACAUUUCGAGUAUACAGUAAUGCCGUUCGGAUUAGCCAACGCCUCCGCCACCUUUCAACAUUGGAUUAAUGAUAUCCUACGGCCUUAUCUCGAUCAAUUUGUCACGGCUUAUUUGGAUGAUAUCCUAAUUUAUUCGGAAACUUUGUCAGAACAUAAGGAUCACGUCCAGAAGGUUUUGAAGGUACUUGAUGAGAAUCAUGUUCACCUUAAACCUGAAAAAUGUGAAUUUAUGGUCCAGGAAACGAAAUAUCUCGGCCUUAUUCUUACCCCGGAUGGGAAUAGGAUGGAUCCGAAGAAAGUUGUUGACGUAUUAGAAUGGUCCACACCACGGAAUCUCCAUGAUGUUCAAGUAUUUUUGGGAUUUGCAAAUUUUUAUCGACGGUUUAUUUUGGGAUAUUCGAAAAUUGUUGCUCCGCUUACAGCCUUGACAAAGAAAAAUAUCAAAUUCGAAUGGACGGAUGAAAGGGAGGAAGCAUUCCAGACAUUGAAAAAGAUGUUUACAACGGCACCCAUACUAAUGCACUUUGAUCCGGAUCGGAAAAUCGUGGUAGAAACCGAUGCAUCCGACUAUGUUUCUGCUGGAAUCCUGUCCCAACGUGACGAUGAAGGAAUUCUACAUCCAGUCGCUUUCUUCUCUAAGAAACAUUCCCCUGCGGAAUAUAACUAUGAAAUCUAUAACAAAGAACUUCUGGCAAUCGUACGAUGUUUUGAGGAAUGGCGACAUCAUUUAGAGGGGGCACAAUUCCCAAUUGAAGUUCUUAGCGACCAUCGGAACCUUGAAUAUUUCAUGUCAACAAAAUUAUUAAACCGUCGACAAGCCCGUUGGUCGGAAUUUCUUUCACGUUUCGAUUUCGUCAUUCAAUUUAGACCAGGGAAACAAGGGGUAAAGCCGGAUGCAUUGACUAGGAGGUCGGGUGACCUACCUAAGGAGGGAGAUGAGCGGUUGACGCAUCAAAGCAAGGUGGUUUUGAA